GCCACUACUGUCUUAUACUAAAUCAUUUUUAUCUAUGUUUGCUUCAAUGCUCCGCUACUAAGCUUUUACAAGCAAUGGACUUCUCAGGUUGCGUUGACGACGAUUCUUUCGGACCAGCAGUUCAUGGUUGUCGGGAUAACUUCGAUUUCACGAUCAAGUUCGAGAAUAUUUUCCUCUCUAUCAUCCCGGCUUCCUUAUUUAUCGUCAUUGCUCUAGGAAGGAUCAUUAUCCUUAGUCGUCGGCCGGAAGCCGUCAGCGGAUCCAUUUUGCGGGGCGUUAAAUUAGCAGCUACCAAUGCCUACGGUGCACUUCAACUGUCACUUCUUAUUUUCAGCACGGAUUCGACCAAGCCCCGAGCGCUAUUGGUAACAUCAACAGUAGUAUCAUUCUGUUCGUCCAUUUGUAUCAUAGGCCUCUCGUUUCUGGAGCAUUCCCGAUCAGCUCGACCAUCGAUCUUGUUGAACGCCUACUUACUCCUCACUGUCCUCUUUGAUGUCGCACAAACCAGAACGUUAUGGCUUGCCUCUACCAACUUCCAAGAGCUCAUAUUCUCGCGCUUGUUCACGGUUUCCGUUGCUGUGAAGGCGAUUCUCAUUAUUAUCGAGUCCCAGCACAAAUCAAGAUGGGUGCUGUGGGAUGUGAAAGGGCAUAGCCCCGAGGAGACGAGCGGUAUAUUCGGUUUAAGCGCCUUUACAUGGUUACUUCAGAUGUUUUUAGUAGGGUACACCAAAAUCUUGACUCUAGAUGACCUCUUCCCUUUGGACGGAAGCAUGGCCACAGAAGCCUUGCAACUGAGGCUUAUGGACAAUUUGAGGUCUUCCAAAUCAAAAGGACAGAAACGCGGGUUUGGUCUAGCCAAAGCUAUGGCAAAGACUCUCAAAAUUCCGCUUUUACUUCCGAUUGGACCUAGAGCAGCCCUCAUCGCUUUCAAGUUCUGCCAACCAUUUCUCAUCAACAUUCUCUUGAAUUACCUGGAAGAACCCUCAGAUCAUGCCUCGAAAAAUCGAGGCUAUGGCCUCAUCGGCGCCACAAUACUCAUAUAUACCGGUAUAGCCGUGUUCACCGCUCUCUACUGGUACCUACACGAGCGUACACUUUGCAUGUCUCGGGGAUCUCUUGCCGGAGCUGUAUAUAGAAAGACGACGGAGGCAAAAAUUACCACUAUCGGCGUCUCAGCGGCUAUCACCUUGAUGAGUGCCGAUGUUGAACGUAUUAGACUUGGUUUCUUGAACUUACAUGAAUUUUGGGCAAACUGCAUCGAGGUCGGUCUUGCGGGUUGGUUGCUUUACCGCCAACUCGGUGCAGCUGUUGCUGCCCCUCUCAUCAUUGUCCUCUGCUGUGUCAUCGGCGGUGCAUUUGGGAAUAAAUUUACUGGACGAAGACAAAGAGCAUGGAUGAACAAGAUCCAAAAGAGAGUCGGAUUGACAGCCAAUAUCAUAUCAAAUAUGAAGCAUCUCAAGAUUUCCGGUCUCGCCUUGCCGGUAGAGGAAUUGAUCCAAAAUAUGCGAGUCGAUGAACUCCAAGCAGCAUCCAGAUUCCGGACAGUAAAUGUUAUUGUCAUUGUUUUUGGCUAUGUUCCUCUGGCGCUUGCCCCCGUCAUAACCUUUGCGGUCACGUCCCGGACUCUCGAUGCAACUACGAUAUUUACAUCAAUCUCGUAUUUACUUUUGUUAACCGAUCCUCUAAGCUAUCUUUUCCAAAACAGUCCAAACCUCCUUGCCGCGUUCGCAUGUUUUGAGAGGAUUCAGACUUUUCUGGAGAAAGAUCCCAGGGUGGAUUUCCGCACGCCGAGACUGCAUAUCCCAGACCCCGAGCUUGAGAAAUAUGGAUCCAGCUCCGAAGUGAAAGAAAGCGACCCUGAGCCGUUGGUCACUAUCACCAAUGGCAAUUUUGGGUGGGAAACUAAUAAGACAACCCUCAAAAAUAUUAAUCUUGAGAUUCCAUCCUCUCGUCUCACGAUGGUAGUUGGACCUGUUGCAUCAGGGAAAUCUACCUUGUGUAAAGUUCUCUUGGGUGAGAUACCCGAAUAUCAAGCUCAAAUUACCAUGAACCAUAGCAUUGCAUCUCGCCGAGUAGGGUACUGCGAUCAAACUCCCUAUCUAUCAAACGCUUCAAUCCGGGCAAACAUUAUUGGGUUUUCUCCAUUCAACCAACAACGAUAUAAAGAUGUGAUCGAGGCAACUAUGCUAGAACCGGACCUAGCUCAGCGAGUUUCGAUAGCGAGAGCUUUAUAUCUCCACACCGACUUCUUCGUUUUCGAUGACAUUUUAAGCGGGAUUGAUGCAAUUACCGAAGAAAAAGUUUUCACUCGUAUCUUUGGUCUUCAUGGUCUUUUGAGGCGCCGGAAUGCGACAGUGGUGUUAUGUACAAACACUCUCAGGCGUUUACCGUUUGCUAAUCACAUUGUCGCCUUGGGAAUGGACGGGAGUAUUGUUGAACAGGGCUCAUUCCAAAAACUCCUCACUAACUGGAAGUAUGUGCAAGAUCUCGGAUUCGAGCCAACUGACGAUAUAAUACUGGAAGAGAGCCAUUCUCCUAUAGAGGCCGAAGAAAGUACAGGUACAGAACUUCGAAAGAUAGCUAUAGGACAACCUGUCACCCAGAGCCUCACCGAUGAGAAGAAGAGAAUGAAUGGAGACUCUGCUGUUUACAUGCAUUACAUGAAAAGCCUUGGAAAGAGAUCUAUCGCAGCUUUCCUCAUCUUUGGUGUUGGAUGGGGAUUUUCCUACAACUUUGGCAACAUCUGGCUGACAUAUUGGUCCAAGGACAUCGGUUCCGCCCAUCCACGGCGGACAAACUAUUUUUACAUCGGCAUAUACGCUUUGCUCCAACUCCUCUACCUCGCAUCACUUUUCUUUUCUUUCAUGGUCUGCUAUCGGACGAUGGUCAGGGUCUCUGGAUCAAAACUCCACAAGGCUGCAUUAAACACGGUGAUCAACGCACCCUUGAGGUUUUUCGCUACUACAGAUACUGGACUCGUCACAAACCUCUUCUCUCAAGACAUGACACUCAUUGACAAUGAGAUGCCGGUAGCGUUGACGAAUCUUGUUCUUGAUAGUUUCAAUGCUUUGGGAAUGGCUGCAGUGAUUGCGACAUCGUCUCCUUUCCUCGCUAUUACUUACCCCUUUCUAUUCGCGAUCCUCUAUUGGAUUCAGAAAUUCUACCUCCGCACAUCCCGGCAGGUACGACUUCUGGAUCUUGAAGCGAAAGGUCCCCUCUAUACCCACUUCCUCGAUACAAUCAGAGGAGUUACGACUUUCCGCGCCUUCGGAUGGGUCCAAGAUGGAAUUGACUUGAACAAUCGCCUUCUUGACACAUCUCAGAGACCCACGUAUCUCCUCGCCAUGGUUCAAAGGUGGCUAAGCUUUACUCUUCAGAUGCUUGUCGCCAUUCUAGCAGUUGUGGUAGUCACACUAGCUACCCAAGUUCGCUCCAGUACUGCUAUGACCGGUGCCAGCUUAGUUACGCUGAUGACAUUCGGCGAUGUCUUGAAGUAUAUUAUCAGGUGGUGGACUCAGCUUGAGACGUCUAUUGGUGCUGUCAGUCGGUUGAAGAGCUUUGGUGAAAAGGUUAGGUCGGAGAGUUUGGAUGGUGAAGAUGUAAAACCGCCGAGGGAGUGGCCUCUGAGAGGUGCUAUUGAGAUUAGUGGAGUCUCGGCUUCCUAUGGCGACCUCAAUGGACCUGCUCGUGACUUAACUAGUAAGGAUAAUAUUAGCGGGGAAGCUUCACAAACUCUAGCCCUUAAAGACCUCACCCUCUCCAUUCAGCCAGGAGAAAAGGUUGCGAUCUGUGGACGAAGCGGAAGUGGAAAAUCAUCAACAAUACUCCUCCUCCUCCGUCUCCUUGAACCCGUCCCCUCCUACUUCCACACUAUGACAAUUGACGACAUCCCCCUCCACAAACUCGAUCGACAAACCCUCCGCGAGCGUAUAAUUGCCGUCCCACAAGACGCCGUGUUCCUUCCAGACGGAUGCUCCGUAAUGGCUAACCUCGACCCCCUCAAUACCUCCAACGAAGCAGAGUGUCGUUCCGUUCUCGAGACGGUAGGUCUCUGGAAAUUCAUCGACGAACGAGGAGGCUUGAACGAAGAGUUUUCAGCGGAUACUCUGUCUCAAGGUCAGAAACAAUUAUUUAGUCUUGCGCGUGCUGUCCUCAAGCGUAGAAUUCGGGUGCGAGACUACGAGGUAGACUUUGGCGUUACGACUAGCGUUCAAGGGCGUGGUGGGAUCUUGCUGUUGGACGAAGUAAGUUCGAGUGUGGAUCAGGAUACGGAUCGGGCUAUGCAAACAGUUAUCAAGGAGGAGUUUGAGAGUUAUACUAUUAUUAUGGUUAGUCAUCGAUUAGAGAUAGUUAUGGAUUUUGAUACGGUGGUUGUGAUGGAGGAGGGGAGUGUCGUUGAGUCCGGGAACCCUAGGACUUUGGUUGAUACGAAUGGGAGUCGGUUUAAGGAGUUGUGGUUGGCUGGGAAUAACGCCUGAGGCCGGUGUUAGGACCAUUUUAAAUUAAUAUGGUAUACAAUAUCAUGCUUAAGACGGAUCUGAUUAAACAUUUUUGUAUCUAGGAACUGUUAAGUUGCUUUGUAUCGGAUUUGGUAGCAAGUUUCGAUUCUGGAUACCAUGCCAGUUGGCAUCAAUAAUAAACCCAUAGAGCGCGG